AUGGCUGCUGCUUCUUCUUAUUCUUCUUCUUUCCAACGGAGCUAUGAUGUGUUCCUGAGCUUUAGAGGAGAAGACACCCGCAAUAACUUCACUGCCCAUCUCUAUGACGUCUUGUGCCGAAAAGGAAUCAACACUUUCAUUGAUAAUGGCAAGCUUGAGAGAGGGCAAGUCAUAUCUCCUGCCCUUGUUGCAGCUAUUCAAAACUCCAUGUUUUCUAUCAUUGUUUUGUCCCAAAAUUAUGCAUCCUCUAAGUGGUGUUUGGAGGAGCUGGUGAAGAUAGUAGAGUGCAGGAAAAGCAGGGAUCAGAGCGUUGUUCCAAUUUUCUACAACGUGGAUCCAUCCGAUGUGAGAAAUCACAGAGGAAAUUUUGGAAAAGCCUUGGCUAAACAUGAAGAAAACUUGGAGAAUAGAGAGAGGGUGCCGAUUUGGAGGGAGGCUCUCACUCAAGUUGCAAAUUUAUCUGGUUGGGAUUCAAGGAAUAAGAAUGAACCUCUACUUAUCAAGGAAAUUGUUAAGGAUAUUUUGAAUAAAUUGAUAAUUACACGCAGCAGUGAUAAUGAGAAUUUGGUUGGAAUGGAUGCCCGCAUACAAGAAAUGGAAAUGCUAUUAUCCUUGGAGUCAGAUGAUGUUAGGAUGGUAGGAAUUUGGGGCAUGGGCGGAAUAGGGAAAACAACCCUUGUCAAAGCUAUUUAUAGCCGAUUCUGCUAUGAUUUUGAAGGUUGCUCCUUUCUUGAAAAUGUUGCAGAGAAUUACAAAAUGAAUCGUGAUUUAAUCAGGUUGCAAAAGAAACUUCUUUCUCAUCUAUUGCAGGAAGAAAAUCUAAAUAUGGAAGGACUCACAUCUAUAAAGGAAAGAUUGCAGUCAAAAAAGGUUCUUAUUAUUCUUGAUAAUGUGAAUGAUCUAACAAUAUUGGAUUUCUUAGUCGGAAAUCAGAAUUGGUUCGGUCAAGGAAGUAGAAUUGUCAUAACGACCAGGGAUAAACGUUUGUUAUUGUCGCAUAAAGUCUAUCCUUAUGAGGUUCCCAAAUUCAGUGGUGAUGAAGCUCUUGAGUUCCUUACACAUUAUUCAUUAAAACAUGAACUUGAUAGAGAUGAUUUCAAGGAGCUUUCAAGAGCUCUAAUGUGCUAUGCUCAAGGCCUUCCAUUGGCUCUUAAGGUUUUGGGUUCUUUUUUAUUUAGCAUGACCAAAGAAGAAUGGAGAAAUCAAUUAGACAAAUUGAAAAGUACUCCUAAUAUGAAAAUUUAUGAAGUACUUAAAAUAAGUUAUGAUGGGUUAGAUGAUAAGGAGAAGAAUAUAUUUUUGGAUAUUGCAUGUUUCUUUAAAGGAGAGGAUAAAGAAUAUGUAGUAGAAAUACUAGAUGGUUGCGGAUUCUUCUCACUUAGUGGAAUACGAGCUCUUAUUGAUAAGUCACUCAUAACUAUUUCUUCAAAUAAGUUGAUGAUGCAUGACUUAAUAGAAGAAAUGGGUAGGGAAAUUGUUCGUGAACAAUCCCUUGAAGAUCCUGGUAAACGCAGUAGAUUAUGGUUCCCUGAAGAUAUCUAUGAUGUUCUUGGAAAAUUGAAAUUCAUGGAUCUCAGUCACUCCAAGUACUUAAUAGAAACUCCAAAUUUCUCGGGAGUCACCAACCUCAAACGGUUUAUGCUCUUUAACAAGGCUAAACCUAAGUUAUUGUAA